GAAGACGUCAGACUGUUAUUUGUUUAUACAAUAAUUUAAAUAAUGAAAUUAGUUAUAACAUUAAAUAUAAUAAUUACAAUAUUAAUUAAUAAUGUUUAUUGUUCAGCUGGUGACAAUUCUCCAUAUUACCAAAGAUGUGUAGAAAAUUGUGAAUUAUUGAAUUGUACAAGAGACGGUAAAGAAUUUCGUGAAAAUAACCAACCGUUAAUUAAUAAAUACACAUUUUGGAAUUGUCAUCACGAAUGCGAACACGAGUGUAUGUGGAAAACCGUCGACGCAUUUCACGAACGUAACUGGAGAACUCCCCAAUUUUACGGAAAAUGGCCUUUUAUACGUGUAUUAGGUAUGCAAGAACCAGCUUCAGUAAUUUUUUCUUUAUUAAAUGCUUUUGUUCAUGUUAAAAUGAUAAAAAAAUUUAGAAGAGAAGUGAGGUCGGAUAGUCCUUUGAUAUGGUUGUGGCACGCCUUUUUCAUAGUUAGUGUUCAUGCCUGGACAUGGUCAGCUAUAUUUCACUAUCGCGAUUUUCUUUUAACUGAAAUUUUGGAUUAUGCUUGUGCUUUUUCUAUGAUUUUAAUGAACUGUUACGUUAUGACUAUGAGGUUGUUGUAUGAUAAACUUCCUGUUUACAUUUUAUGUGGAAUCACAUUGAUAUUUCUACUUUUUUUGGUCAGUCAUAUUGGAUAUUUAAGUUUAGGACACAUUGAUUACAGUUAUAAUAUUGAAUUAAAUAUUGCUGUGGGUACUUUUACCGCAUUAUGUUGGUUCACUUGGUGUAUAUACAAUAGAUCGAAUCAAAGAUACGUGUGGAAAUGUGCUAUGUAUUUAGCCCUAUCUGGACUCGUAUUGUUACUCGAAUUAAUAGAUAGCCCCCCAAUAUUAUACAUAUUUGAUUACCACUCAUUGUGGCAUCUUUCCACCGCGCCUCUAAAUAUAUUCAUCUAUAGUUUCGCUAUCGACGAUUGUAAAUAUUUGAGAAAUGAAAUGGGGGAGAUUCCGAAGAAGAUACCCUGAGGAACAGAGAAAAAACACAAGAAAUAUAAGCGAAGACUUAUAAAAUCGACUGGUUCUCUCAGAGCGAUAUCUUUCUAUAAAUAGAGAGUUUUAACAGUGAAAAAGGGGAAAAAUAAAGCUGAUUGUAGUUAGUUUUGGAUAUUUAAGUAAUUUAUCGAAAAUAAUGUAUAAAUCAUUCUUUUUAUAUAAUAAAAUCUAGUAGUACGCAUUUUUCAACACUUGUAUAUAUUUUGUAAAUAAAAUUUUUUAUUUAAAAA